UCUGAGCCUUUCAGACAGUCAGAUGGAGCGUGUGAUACUGCUCUCUGUAAACUUUAACUACACGUCAGUUCCAGGUAGGGUGACCAGACAGCAAGUGUGAAAAAUCGGGACAGGGGGUCGGGGGUAAUAGGAUCCUAUAUAAGAAAAAGACCCAAAAAUCGGGACUGUAGCUAUAAAAUCAGGACAUCUGGUCACCCUAGUUCCAGGUGCCCACCAAGACAAUCACUGGAGUGGGCCAGCUACAGAGUACUUAUUUAUCAUAUAGAGAUCCCAAAGGAGGAUACAUCCCUGAAAUAAAAUGUCAACCUUCACCAUAGGAAAAUCAUCCCCUAAUCAAAGUGAUACAAAGAGUCCCACUCUUACAGGGAAAAGCAGACAACAGGUUGUUCAUGAUGACAACAGCAAGCGAAGGACCCUGUUGCAGGAUAGCAGCUGGAUAAAGAAAAGACCUGAGGAAGAGAGUACUAAUGAAAACUAUGGCAGAGUUGUGCUUAACCAAUACAAAUCUCAAGAUAGCUUACACAGUAACUUGAAUGAAAAGGAAGAUCAGAAAGUUUUACUUGGCCGAUACAGAUCUGAUACUACUUUAGACAGAAUUUCAGACACAAGAGAUGCUGAUAAUGCAAAUAAUUCCCCACCCUUAGAUAAUAGGACAACUAACAGACUGUCCUGGACUCCUUCAAAUAUAUCAACCACUACUACCACCACCACCACCACAUCUCCUGUGAAGCACAAAAGGCAGUCUUGGAUGCCACCACCAGUCUCCGGUUAUAAGAACACCACAGUUACUGUGGAAAACAAAGGGCAGUCCAGAACCCCACCAGAUACAACCACCACAACUAUAGUUGAUUCUAAACGAAUUGCUUCUUCAGACAAUUCAGAAGGGCCAAAGAUGACUGUCUAUUCAUCAGAACAAACUACACCUGAGAGCUCAAAAACUGCUGUAGACAAUAAAACCAGAACAAGGCAGGUGUCUCCACCAAAACCUGGCAUAUCUGUUGCUGAAAGAAGAAUUAUAACAGAAAGAACUACAAGGAGCCAAGAUCUUGAUAAUCUCAAAAAAAAUCCCACAACUCACACAAAUAACAAGGGAGGGAAAGACCUUGAUGAUCUCACUGUUGUAAAUACUGCUGCACAGAAAAAUAAGAGAGGCCAAAAUCUUGAUGAGCUCAUUGAAGUAAAGGCUCCUGUGGAGCAAAAUAAAAAUCGGACAACUGAGCAACCCUCUGAUUCUGCUAGUGCUCCAAAUAACCGAUCUGACACAAACUACUCUUAUGACAACAGAGGAUCCAGCAAUAGAACUUCGACCAGUUACUCAAGUCCAAAGAACAAUGUUGUGUACACCAGGACAUAUGAGGAGAACAGCAAAUCACCCAAUGAUGCACAUGAAGAAAAUGUCACUGGAAAGUCUAUCAAAACUGUUUACUCUACUUCUGAUCGGACUAUAAUUGAAAAAGAUAUGUGUACAUACUGCCGGAAGCCACUGGGCAUAGAUUCCAAAAUGAUCUUAGAUGCCUUACAGAUUUGCUGUCACUCAACUUGCUUCAAGUGUGAAGUGUGCAAAAGACCUCUGGAAGAUCUGAAAGCAGGAGACAGCAUUUGGAUUUACAGAAAUACUGUGCAUUGUGAACCCUGCUAUUUCAAAAUUAAAGAAAAAUGGAUCUACUAGUUUGGGCUUCCAGAAACUAGGAUAAAGAUACACUAGUAUUUAGUUAAAUACAUUUUCCUAAUACUUAAACAACCUAUGUAAAAUGUUUAAUUUUUUUGUUAGGACUGACAUGUUCUAAAUAUAAUAUUACUAAAUAGUCACUAUAGGAACAUAGUCUAUGAAACUUAAAAUGACUUUAUAAAUACUUCCAGAAAGCAACAAAAUGUAUGGUUCAGUAUGUCCAUCAGAUGUGUGAAAGUUAUUUCUACAUGUGAUUUGGCAAAAGUAGAGCAACCUUGAAAUGUAUCAUAUGGAAGGACAUAUCUCUGCCUGUGAGUUUUGAAGGACCUGUUUUCUGUUUAUCCAAAAUAUGCCUGAAAAUAAAUAAAGAAUUGUUAUCUUUA